CGACAAACUCGGAUGCGACCAUCUCAAGGCAACCACUGUCAAAGAACCAGGAAGAAGGAAGGUGGGAUAGCCCCCCAAAUAAGAUACCAUCUCAAAUCAGUCGGAGAACUUAACCUAGGAAGUCAUGGGGCUCUCCAGGUGGAAAAUUGCUGUGGCUGUCUUGACGACUGUUUUAAGUUCACUACUGCCAGCGCGAGCAGAUGAGCACGAACACAAGUACACAGAUAAAGAGGAGGUGGUUCUAUGGAUGAAUACAGUGGGCCCUUAUCACAACAGACAGGAGACCUAUAAGUACUUCUCCCUACCAUUCUGUGUGGGCACCAAGAAAACUAUUAGUCAUUAUCAUGAGACGUUAGGAGAGGCGCUGCAAGGAGUUGAAUUGGAGUUCAGUGGUCUGGACAUCAAGUUCAAAGACGAGGUGAUGCAAUCAACAUACUGCGAAAUUGAGCUGGAUAAAGCUAAACGAGAUGCGUUUGUCUAUGCCAUCAAAAACCACUACUGGUACCAAAUGUACAUAGAUGACCUUCCCAUCUGGGGAAUUGUUGGUGAAGCUGACGAGAAUGGGGACGACUUUUAUCUCUGGACUUACAAAAAGCUGGAGAUCGGAUACAAUGGGAAUAGGAUCGUGGAUGUUAACCUGACCAGCGAGGGGAAAGUAAAGCUUGUGCCAAACACAAGAAUUGCCAUGUCUUACUCGGUGAAAUGGAAGAAAUCUGAUGUGAAAUUUGAGGAUAGAUUCGACAAAUACCUUGAUCCAUCCUUCUUUCAACACAGAAUUCACUGGUUCUCAAUAUUCAACUCCUUUAUGAUGGUGAUUUUCCUCGUGGGCCUUGUUUCAAUGAUUCUAAUGAGGACAUUAAGGAAAGACUAUGCCAGAUACAGCAAAGAAGAGGAAAUGGAUGACAUGGAUCGUGAUCUUGGUGAUGAAUAUGGAUGGAAGCAGGUUCACGGAGAUGUGUUCAGGCCGUCCAGCCACCCUCUGAUCUUCUCCUCCCUCAUUGGCUCUGGAUGUCAGAUCUUCUCUGUUUCCCUUAUAGUCAUUAUUCUGGCCAUGAUUGAGGACUUGUAUACAGAGAGAGGGUCCAUGCUUAGUACUGCCAUAUUUGUGUAUGCUGCCACCUCCCCAGUCAAUGGUUACUUUGGUGGAAGUCUGUACGCUAAACAAGGAGGGAGAAGAUGGAUAAAGCAAAUGUUUAUAGGAGCUUUUCUGAUUCCUGCCAUGGUGUGUGGCACAGCGUUCUUCAUCAAUUUCAUCGCCAUCUACUACCACGCCUCCAGAGCCAUCCCAUUUGGCACCAUGGUUGCAGUCUGCUGCAUCUGUUUCUUUGUCAUUCUACCUCUAAACUUGGUGGGGACAAUUCUGGGCAGGAACCUCUCUGGCCAGCCAAACUUCCCUUGCAGAGUCAAUGCUGUACCCAGGCCCAUCCCAGAGAAGAAAUGGUUUAUGGAACCAGCUGUUAUUGUCUGUCUUGGUGGAAUCCUUCCUUUUGGGUCAAUAUUCAUCGAGAUGUACUUCAUUUUCACAUCUUUCUGGGCCUACAAGAUUUACUAUGUCUAUGGAUUUAUGAUGCUUGUGUUGGUGAUCUUGUGCAUUGUGACAGUCUGUGUUACCAUCGUCUGCACGUACUUUCUUCUCAAUGCAGAAGAUUAUAGAUGGCAGUGGACAAGCUUUCUCUCUGCAGCCUCAACAGCAGUUUAUGUUUACAUGUACUCCUUCUACUACUAUUUCUUCAAGACGAAGAUGUAUGGCUUAUUUCAGACGUCAUUCUACUUUGGCUACAUGGCUGUGUUCAGUACUGCUCUGGGAAUUAUGUGUGGAGCGGUGGGUUACAUGGGAACCAGUGCCUUUGUAAGGAAGAUCUACACAAAUGUGAAAAUCGACUAGAAACUCUGAAAAUGAUAUGGCAGAUCAGCUGACACCUCCUCCUGAUCAAAGUGGGCACAAAGUCUCCAUUUAUUUUGCAAGAAGAGAUUGUGGUAUCUUUUACAAAAUCUACUUUUCCAUUUUCUCAGUGAAUUAAAAGUUGUGACAUGAUGCAUACACAAGGGUAAACCGAAAGGUGAAAUAAACAGGACAUUAUUUUAAUUUUUUUUAUUUUAUUCUGCUUUCUGUUUUUCCCUCUGGAGGAAAUGUAGACCGUAAGUGCAGAUAAAAGGGGAAAGAAUGUUCACCACAAUGUUGCUCCUAUUUCUUAUAACUCUAUCGCACCCCAAAACCAUUGAACAGAUCUUUAUUGAUGGAAUAGUCUUAGAUCUCUUCAGUGAAGAGGCCAAAGUGUAUUGAGAGCCUUUGUUCUAUUGUAUGAGAAUAUUGCAGAGUGGGGUUUACGUCCAUCCUCUUGCUUAUCUGUUUUGUAUUACCGAGUCGUACAAUGCCAUUGUUGUAGUAUUGUUUUACACACUUAUGUAUCACACCAAAAGCAUAAUGUGGUUUGCAAUUCCAAAAUGUUUAUAUAUAUAUAUAUAUAUAUAUAUAUAUAUAUAUAUAUAUAUAUAUAUAUAUAUAUAUAUAUAUAUAUAUAUAUAUAAAUUUAUAUGAGAGAGAGAGAUAAAUCAAUAUGAUGUGAAGCAGCCAGGUUUUAGCUCUACCUUUUGAGGGCAUCUGUAGUUUAGGUCUGCAGAUCAGAGCAUUAAACCUGGCACCUCAAAAACAGUUUGCUGUCCACAACAGUCUAUGGUCAGAUGGAUAAUCUGAAAUAAUGAUUUGGUGGGAUUGUUUUAAAGGGUUGUGUGAUGUGAUAUUCUUUUUUCCAGUUCAGUCUUAUGUUAUUGUUUGGGUUUGAAAGAAGUCUGCUCGUAAUUAUAAUAUAUGGAGGAGGGCGGGGGCUGGGGUGACCAUGUAUAUAACUUUAAUGUAACUGUAGAUGUAGAUCCCAAAUGUAUUUCGGUUGUACAGAUUUAUUAAAGGGUGUUUUUUUUUUUUUUUUUCCUCUUUCUUUUAUGGACAGCCAGUAAAAAGAUUUUCUUUCCUUGUUUUGAAGGUCGGGGUGGGCUUGGUGGCAGUUACAUCUUGCCUGAUGCAUGAAUUUUUCACCAAAUCAUAAGAUCAGACUGUUUAUUUUUCAUCAUUGUUACACCUUGAUGACCCCCUAUCACUACCUUAGUUCAUUAUCCUGCAUCUUGUAGAACAGUCUCAAAAACAAGUGCUUCACUGACUUUGUGCUGCUCAUAGAGGAGAUAAUCAUCAGCUUUUUAUUAUUAUUAUUAUUAUUAUUAUUAUUAUUUAAAGAGUUAAAUGGCUGUUCAUUGUCUCAGCCCUCAUGCUUAAUUUUGUAUCCAUGAUCUGAACUAAAAUUGUGACUGUCAGACACAAUUAAGGCACACGUGCUUUCUGCAGACAUACUGUACAAAGUGAAGUUCUUGUACACUUUACUGGAUGUUUUCAUGGGUACUAAGUGCAGAACACUUAGACCAAACUGUUGUUCUUUUUUUUCCCUUAUGUUCCAUUGUGUAAAUACAGUAUGUAACUAAAAAAAGUUUGAGAAGUGGCAAAGCCUUUUUCUAAAUCUCAUUCCUCCCAGUUUAAAUGUUGAUUUCUGAUUCUUCAUGUCAUGUUCCAUGUGAAGUCUAAAAAGACAUUUUAAACAAUAUUAACUUGCUGUAAAAAGGACAAAAAGAAAUAAAAAUUGUUUUUGAGGUUA